AAUCAACAGUUAUUGUGUAAUUAUAUUCAUUUCCCACCAGAUUUACCGCCCCACCGUGUACAAGUUUUCACAAGUUUUAUCUCUUUCCCUGUUAUUCUCCUCCCAAACAGAAGAUAUACGUCUGAUCGUGGUUGACUCCAGAAAGUUAAAACUAGCGGAAGGAGUAAGUCAAUAAACUAAAAGAGAUCAGAGAGAUGUGGUUUCGCAAUUAAUUAAUUCGUUAGUUCUAACGGCCGUAUGGGACGGCGGCGGAGAAUGACGGCGCUGAUACUGUCGAUCAUCUCCCUCGGAUUGCUCUUCACCGCUUACAAUUCCGUCAUGAUCGCCGCUCCGUUCAGAACGGCCGGCCGUGUGGGGAGCGUAAAAACCGGGAACCCGAAAUUCCACGUCGCCGUCACGGCGGAGAGCACGGCUUACUGUAAAUGGCAGCUCCGGAUCAUGUACUACUGGUACUUGAAGCACAAGGAUUUGGGCGGGUCGGAUAUGGGGAAGUUUACCAGAAUUCUCCAUUCGGGUGCUCCGGAUAAUCUCAUGGAUGAAAUCCCCACCGUCGUCGUCUACCCCCUCCCCAAAGGCAUGGAUUUGAAUUAUGUGGUGCUCAAUAGACCGUGGGCGUUCAUUCAAUGGCUCGAGAUUGCUACCAUUGAUGAAGAGUACAUAUUGAUGGCAGAGCCGGACCACAUUCUGGUCAGGCCGCUACCCAAUUUGGUGUCCGGGGAAAGCCCGGUGGGCUACCCUUUUUUCUAUAUCGACCCGUCCAAACACGAACGGAUCAUGAGGAAGUUCUAUCCCGUAGAAAAAGGUCCCUUGACCGACAUUGACCCCGUCGGGAACUCUCCCGUUAUCAUCAAGAAGGACUUGCUGAAGAAAAUCGCACCGACAUGGCUAAAUGUUUCCGUUCAAAUCAAAUAUGAUCAUGAAGCCGAUAAAGCUCUGGGUUGGGUUCAAGAAAUGUACGGAUAUGCCAUUGCUUCUGCUCUACACGGCGUGCGACAUACUUUGCGCGAAGAUUUCAUGAUACAGCCUCCAUGGGAUUUGGAAAUGGGAAACAAGUUCAUUUUACACUAUACAUACAGGUUGGACUACACAAAGGGUGAGCUGACUUUUGGGGUCAAUGGAGACUGGGGAUUUGACAAAAGAACGUAUCUCUACGUCGCUCCUCCUAGAAAUCUCCCUUUGCCUCCUCCCGGGAUACCCGGAAGCGUGGUGACUCUAAUGAAGAUGAUAAAUGAAGCCACAGCUAACCUUCCUGGUUGGGAUUCAAUGAAGUGAACUCUCAUAAAAUUCUAGCAUAUAUACAUUUAGCUUUAUCUCCCCUUCUUCUAUGGUUAGCUUUGGGUGUGUUCUCUUUAACCAUGAUGGCUCUUUCUUUGCUGCGUUGAAUGGAGAAUUAGUAUGUGAGACUGAUCCAGGUUUAACGGAGGCGAUGACAUGUAGAAGGGCUUUGGGUUGGGCGAGGGAGCACGGACUUACGGAGUUGGAGGUGUUCUCGGAUUGCUCUAGGGUUGUGGAAGCAAUAAAUGGAGAGUCUAUUU